AAGACUUGAGCGUGCGCAGCAGUGUCCGAGGCGCCAGGACAGCUCCUCGCGGUGGGGUUGGCGUUGGCGCUGGAGGGCUGGCGCUGAGUGGGGGUGAGCUGCUGUGGCCUUGACCUCCCCAGGGAGCAGAUGGAGUGGGCCCGUGGCCAGUAGCCGAAGAGGCAGCAGCUGCGAGGCCAGGGAGACCCCAGGACCCCAGCAGCUGCCGCCGGUGGGAAAGACGACCCGGACCCCAAGCAAGAUGGCGUUUAAUGAUUGCUUUAGUUUGAGCUAUCCUGGUAACCCCCAGCCGGGGGACUUGAUUGAAGUGUUUCGUUCUGGCUAUCAGCACUGGGCACUGUACCUGGGUGAUGGUUAUGUUAUCAACAUAGCACCUCUAGAGGAUGGCAUUCCUGCAGCAUUUACAAGCGCCAAGUCUAUAUUUAGCAGGAAGGCCCUGGUGAAGAUGCAGCCCCUGAAGGAUGUCGUGGGAAACGACACAUACAGAAUAAACAAUAAAUAUGAUGAAACUUAUCCUCCUCUCCCCAUGGAGGAAGUCAUGCAGCGGUCAGAGAUUGUUAUUGGACAGGAGGUGGAUUAUGACAUACUUGUCAACAACUGUGAGCAUUUUGUGACUUUGCUUCGCUAUGGAGAAGGAGUUUCAGAGCAGGCACGAGGGAGGCUGCUGGGUAAAUAAUGGGAAUCCCUACCAGAAAACUUCCAAGGCCGUGGAACUAAAAGAAGCUACUGUUAACCCUAGUGGUUAACUUGUGGAGUGGUGAUUGAGGGUUUUCUUUGCCAGAGGAAACUCAGCCAGAAUAGAAUGGAACUAAUUUUAGGGCUGAGCUGCUUCCAGUGUGGAGCCAAGACUUGUCAAGCCUACUCAUGGUGUCUCUCCAGUUUGUCCUAUACUCUCCAUUCUUGCCCUCCUUGCUUAGGACAAUGACCCAUCUCUUCAGUCUUCCCUAGAUAGCUUCCUGUCUCAGUCCUACCUCCCUUCUGUUCCUUCUCACCAAUUACCCUCGAUGGAAUAAA